UCUCUCUGAUUCUUCUGCUCUCAAAUUCAACUUCGUCUUCAAGUCUCGGAGAGUCGUGAAUCCCCGAUUCCUCGCCGUCCUCGCGCUCUUCAAUCGCGGCGGCGUUCUGCAAUGUUCCGGCUCCCGAGCUCCGAGCCCGUGCUCCAUCAAUGAGGCCGACCUCGUUCGUCGGGGGGGAAGUCCUUCUAGCUGGGGACGGCCGGCGACCGUGAUUUUUCUCGCGGAUGGCGACUGCUUCGGCUCGCUUCUCCGCGUUCGGAGCCCGGGGCAAUCGCCAUGAACGGCCCGCAUUCUCGGGGUUCAGCAAGUUGGAGUCUUGGAGCUUUCACUUCCCGCCGAGUGCGGAGGUUUGCAAAAUCCCUUCUGCUUCCGUCGCGACUCGCUCGAAGAAUGUUUCUAGUCAAAUCAAUUCUUUGCCCGAUAGUGAUGAUUUCUUCUAUGAGAAAGUAGCAACCCCCAUGCUCGAUAAUAUUGAGAGCCCUACCAAUGUGAAGAACCUGUCUACAAAGGAGCUGCGACAGUUAGCUGAUGAAAUCCGUUUAGAAUUAUCCUCAAUAUUAAGAAAAGCACAAAAACCUUCGAAGGCUAGUCUGGCAGUCGUUGAGCUGACAGUGGCAAUACAUCACGUUUUUCAUGCUCCUGCGGACAAAAUUUUGUGGGAUGUUGGGGAACAAACAUAUGCGCAUAAAAUGCUUACUGGAAGGAGAUCCCUCAUGAACACUUUGAGACAAAAGGGCGGUUUGUCUGGUUUCACUUCUCGAUCUGAAAGCGAGUAUGAUCCUUUUGGUGCGGGACAUGGAUGCAGCAGCAUUUCUGCAGGUUUAGGCAUGGCGGUUGCACGGGAUAUGAAGGGAAAACGUGAACGAAUUAUGACAGUCAUAAGCAAUGUAACUACAAUGGCUGGCCAGGUGUACGAGGCAAUGAGCAAUGCAGGCUACUUGGACUCUGAUAUGAUAGUUAUCUUGAAUGAUAGUCGUCAUUCUUUGCACCCAAAGGUUGAAGAGGGCCCGAAGAGAUCUAUCAAUGCUCUCUCUAGUACUCUAAGUAAGCUCCAGUCAAGCAAAUCUUUCCGGAAGUUUAGAGAAGUUGCCAAGGGUGUUACUAAAAAAAUUGGCAGGGGCAUGCAUGAAUGGGCAGCCAAAGUCGAUGAAUUUGCUCGUGGUAUGAUGGGUCCACCCGGUUCGACUCUUUUUGAAGAGCUUGGCUUGUACUAUAUUGGCCCUGUUGAUGGCCAUAACAUUGAGGACUUGGUUUGUGUUCUCCAAGAAGUGGCGUCACUUAAUUCAAUGGGUCCUGUUCUGAUUCAUGUUGUAACAGAUGAAAAUCAAGGGAUUAAACGAAGUCAGCAGAGUGAGAUUGGCGAGAAUGUAGGUGAAGGUUCAAGCUGUUAUGAUUUGGUGGAAUCUAAUUAUCAACCCAGGACAUAUAGUGAUUGUUUUGUGGAGGCACUGGCUAGGAAGGCAGAGAGUGAUAAAGAUGUUGUGAUGGUUCACGGGGGAGUGGAGGUGGAACCAUCGCUUCAGUUGUUUCGCGAAAAGUUUCCCGACAAGUUUUUUGAUGUGGGAAUGGCUGAGCAACAUGCGGUUACAUUUUCAGCGGGUUUAUCAUGUGGAGGAUUAAAGCCAUUUUGUGUGAUCCCAUCUGCAUUUCUUCAGAGAGCAUUUGAUCAGGUGGUCCAUGAUGUUGAUCGGCAAAGAAUUCCUGUCCGUUUUGUCAUUACGAGUGCAGGCUUAGUAGGAUCUAAUGGCCCUGUGCAGUGUGGGGCUUUUGAUAUAACGUUCAUGUCAUGUUUGCCCAACAUGAUUGUCAUGGCACCAUCUGAUGAAGAUGAGUUAGUGGACAUGGUAGAAACUGCUGCCAUGGUUGAUGAUCGUCCAAUUUGCUUCCGGUAUCCACGGGGUGCAAUUGUUCAGACAGACAAGUGUCUCAGUCCUGGGAUCCCCAUUGAGAUAGGAAGAGGGAGAAUUCUUGCAGAAGGUAAAGAUGUUGCUUUACUUGGUUAUGGGUCAAUGGUUCAGAACUGCGUCAAAGCUUGGUCCCUUCUUUCAAAGCUCGGAAUUGAGGUGACAGUUGCAGAUGCAAGAUUCUGCAAACCGCUUGACAUAGGGUUACUUAGAGGGCUGUGCGAAAAUCAUGCCUUUCUGGUCACUGUUGAGGAAGGGUCCAUUGGAGGUUUCGGGUCCCAUGUUGCGCAGUUCAUUGCACUUGAUGGACGGCUUGAUGGGAGAAUAAAGAAGGAACAUUUAUUGAAUUGUGAGGUACUAUCUGUAAGCUGUACUGAUCAGGUUUGGUUCCUCCAGUGGCGGCCAAUUGUUUUACCCGAUGCCUACAUAGAGCACGCGUCGCCAAAUGAACAGCUUUCCCUCGCUGGUCUCACUGGGCAUCACAUUGCUGCGACCGUGUUGAGUCUCCUUGGCCGGACACGCGAAGCUCUCCUACUGAUGUGCUAGGUUCCGGCUAUUAUUUCAGCCUGAGUUCUCUCAAAAUGGCCUCGCACUGAUGAUACUCAGACCGAUAAGCCAGAUCUUGUAAGGUGCUCCUUAUUCGCCAACUACAAUUUGUCCAGAAUGCUGUAUUAAGUGGUGGCAAGCAGUACGUUGUAUCGCCUGCAUACAGAACUCAUAUCUGAGAAGCGUUUCCAGAGAAUGUUUCUGCUAAUUUGUCUCACAUGCGAGAGCCAAAUGAGUAGUGAACAAA